AUGGAGAACCUCGAAAAAAAGAUAUUCGAAGCAGCUUCAACCGGGGACGUGUAUUUACUGAAGACUCUGCUAAAACAAGACCCGCUUAUUCUAGACAGAGUUUCUUUAAACAAUUUAACUGAAUCUCCAUUGCACGUGGCCACCAUUUUAGGUCACGCCGAUUUCGUAAAUGAGAUCUUGAUGAUAAGUCCUCGCCUUGCGGGCGAGGUGAAUUCCCAGCGUUCGACACCUCUGCACCUGGCUUCCGGUAAUGGCCACGUGGACAUUGUUCGGGCCCUGCUAAAUGUUGAUCCUGGCCUAUGCACCGCCCGCGACAAGAAUGGGUUCACGCCACUUCAUCUAGCGGCGGUUAAGGGCCGUGUCGAGGUAUUGAAAGUGCUGGUUGAGAAGAAACCGGACGCGGCCCUGAUAAGUGCUUACAGAGGAGAAACCAUUUUGCACUUGUGCGUGAGAUAUAACCAGCUGGAGGCUUUGAAGGUCCUGGUAAGGGCCGAAUAUGGGCCCGAGUUAGUGAAUGCUAAAGAUGAUGAGGGUAAUACUGUCCUGCAUUUAGCUGUGGCGGAUAAGCAAGUUGAGGUAUGA